GCUGAUGAUCACAGCAAACCACAGAUCACAGAGAUGUUCUGUGGUCAAGACAAGUACCAAACUUUUAAACCAAGACAGUAAACAAUGUAGUUUGUCCCUCGUCUUUAUCUAUGGUUUGUCCUUACAGCCGUUAAGCAUUGAUUUCAGUGUUUUUACUCGUAAAGUAGUUAUUUUAUGCGGCCUCGACAAUCAUUAAUUGCUGCUGGCUGGCACUCAAGAUAAUGGCAACUGAUGAUAGCAUUUCAUAUGUUGUUAACUUCUUAAAAAACCAUGAAUACCCUUUACUCAACUCUAUACCAUUGGAGGAGGUCUUUGCUGCUGCCAAUGUGAGCUUUCUGGUGUCUUGGGCGUUCUGUUUGUGGCACAAAGACCGUUUUGAAGCGAUGUUAGACAACCGUGAAGAGGACAAAGCUUUUAUCGCAGAAUUAAUUCACUGUUAUGGUUUCUGCAGUGAUGUGGAAGAGGCGCAACAGUUUCUGAGUGCAGAACAAACACCAGAAGAACAGAUUUUCUUAAUAUAUCGCAUGUUCAAAAUUAUGGAACCUACAAUACGGACUAGACUCGCUGAUGAUGAACAAGUAUUAACGUCAAUUACGGAUGCAGAUUUAGAUAAUUUUCAACACAAAGACGUAAAUCCAUUUCCGGAAUUUGGAAAUAUUGUGUCGCUUACUGACGAAGAAAGACAUGAAAAACUGAAAGCCAUUAUUAUUUCAUCAAAGAAAUUGUGUGUGGAAGACGAAAAAGUUGUUUUAAACUGCAAACUCCCACAAUGGAAUACAGAUAUUAGCAGCGUUGAUGAAAGUUUGACUUCAUUCAAACAGUCCAUGUCAGAGUUUAAACGCCUAGAAACUUUACAGAUGCCACCCAAAUUUGCCACUGAUAACAAUUUUGGGGAUUUACUUAAAUAUUGUAAUUCAACACUUCAAGAUCUAUCCAAGUACUUUGAUACUCUCAAAACAGCUCAGCAGAUUAAAGUCGAAAACUUGGAAUUACCGGAGGACGAUUUAUCACAUUUUGUCAGUUCUCUUUAUCAAAAUUGCAUAAAAAAAUAAUGCAUGGAGGAAUUUUAAAGGGCGUAAUUCACUUGUAAUCACUGACGUACUGAAAUAUCGACAAGUUAAAAUUAAUAAAGGUUAGUUUUAUAUUAUAUCAUAAAUAUUUCCACUUCACCCCAAAUGUGUAAGUGUAUCUGUUUUUUAUUUCUAGUUGUGUAUUCAUUUAUUUUCUAAAUAUUAUUAUAUAAAUGUUUUCUUUCAAUGAUAUAAGUUCAAUAAGUAAAUCUUUAUUCGAAAGAAUGGACUCAAGUGCCAAAGAUUUUAUCAAUAAUUAUACGGUGUCGCGGACAGAUCUUCAAAGUGAUCAAUUGAAAAAUUUAAUUUAUUAUUAAUUUUUACGUUUAUUUUGCAUUUUUGAAAUUUUGUACCAAAAGUAAUCUGCAUUUUAACAGGAAAAUUUAGAACGAUGAAGUUUUUUCAUUUGCUUAAAAUAAAACUUUAAAUUUUUUGUCAGAAUUAAAACCGGAUACCACUCUUGAGCAAUUGUUUUUGACAUUUUUUCAUUUAAAAAAACAAACAUGCUGAUCUGAAAUAUGGAAUAGAAAAUUUAACUUUUUUUCUUGCAACUUUAUUACGAAAUUGUCAUAAUUAACUUUUUUUUCAUCCGGGUUUUUUGUGUUCAAAACGAAUGGUUGCCCCUGAAAAUUUGUUGAUCAGACGAACCUAUUAUAGAGGUUUUACACAAAUAUUAAACUUAUGUGUGACGUCACAGUCGAUCAACCUCAACUUGUGAUCUUCGUUAUCACUGAGCAUAUUGACAUUGCUAGUUGACGUUGAACGACUUAUGUCAGACAAGUAAACAAACACCAUAUUUAUUUACUUAACUUCAUAUGAUUGUUGCAAAAAAAUCUUUCAAAUUGUGGUACAAAUCGAAGUGAAAAUCCCAGAAAUCGAUUAACUUCGUGCAGAGGGCCUACCGACUGACAACUGUAAAUAAUGGGUGAAAAAAAUCAAAAUCAAUUGGACAUAAAUGGACCCAAUUUCAACCCCAACGUUUACCUGGAUAAAAUAUUCAAAGAAUGUACCCUUCGCCAAAUAAUGGACCACGAGAAUGAAAUUGUGAAAGAUACGCAAACACUACACUCGGACAUGCAGACCCUCGUAUAUGAAAACUACAACAAAUUUAUUUCUGCCACUGAUACCAUCAAGAAGAUGAAAAAUGAUUUCAAGAAAAUGGAAGAUGAGAUGGAUCUAUUGAUGACAAACAUGGAUUCGAUCACUUCUUUCUCCGAGAAGAUCAAUUCAAAUUUGCAGGAUACUCGAGAAAAAAUUUGCCAUUUGUCCGGUGUUCAUUCUUUGCUCCAAAGGUUGCAGUUUCUUUUUAAGCUGCCUGCUACAUUGAAGUCACGUAUGGAUGAGAAAAAUUAUAUCCAAGCUACUCAGGACUAUUUGCAUGCCCAGCGAGUGUUGCAGCAGUAUGGUGAUAUGCCAGCAUUCCAGGGAAUUAAAGGUGACUGUGAAUCAAUUUUGGAUGAGUUGAAAAAUGAACUUAGAAAGCAGUUCAGCGAUCCCAGUGCUUCUACGGCGGAACUAACGGAAUCAGUGGAUUUGCUAUUACAACUAGAGGAGCCUGCUAAAGAAUUAUGUACAGAUUUUUUGUCUUGUGCUGAUAAGAGAUUAUGUGAGCAGCUGGUGCUCUUGAAGGACGAAAGCGAGCAAAGGGGCAUAGCAGAAUUCAUUGAUCUUGGCUGUACGGGAUUUCUAAGCGAUUUGUGCUUAAUAGUUGCUUCCUUUCAUGGCAUGUUUAUCAACAGAAUUAACACAGAGAAUAUUGAAAACAGUGAAAUAUUUGAAAAUUUUGCCGCAGUGGAGUUAGAUUCAUUCGUAAAUGAAAAUAUGAAAAAAUAUUUUGAUUUAGUGAAAAACAAAGUAGAUUCUGAACAGGAUAUUGCUGAUACGAGCACUUUAGUGGGAGCCCUUGAUAAUUUUUAUAUGAGAGUUUGCGAUAACAAAUUCUCGAACAGCACUAGUUUCGCUCAAUUUGCCAUUGAAAUAAUUAGUAAUGCUGGUAGAAAACAAUGUAAGGCCCAUCUGCAACUGUUAAAAUUGGCAUUUUCGGACACUGUUUCGAGAGUCAAACAAGUUUUAACUGCCCCAAAACUGGUGAGCCAAGAUGAGUCGUCGAAGAGCUUAAAUGAACUGUUAAAUUCAAUGAUCGUCACCGUUGUAGAAAAAACUAAAGGAGUAUUGCAAGACCUCGUAGCGUUUAUCAACCCGGAAGUUUCGUUCGCUAAAAAAACAGCAUUCACUGAGCAGUUUUGCAUAGGUAACGUCCGGGAAGGAUUGAUAAUAUGUUUUUUGCGGCACAUAUCGGUGUCGGUCAAAAACUUUUGCUCUAAAGGUGUAUUAGAUGCGAAAAUACAUCCUUCGUUAAUUCUUUUGCUCUCCAGAUUUUGCCUAGAUUUUCGAAAUAAUAGUGUUCGGUUUCUUAUAUCGAAAACCGACGAAAUCUUCAAUGCGAACUCAAAAAGAAACGGCAUAGAAUUGACAAAUGAAUCUGAUAUAAGCAACUCAAUGCAAGAGUCUGCACAAUAUUUACUCAAUCACUACGUGCAGUUACAGGGCCAUAAUUGCUCGCAAAUGUUGAGAAAAAGUGUAGAAACAAGAGAUUGGCUGCAUACCAUUGAGCCAAGGACUGUACGAGCUGUUAUGAAGAGAGUAGUUGAGGAUAUAUCAGUCAUCGAUGCUACUGUCGCCUUGGUAUAUGAAGAUCAAGGAACUACAACCGGCAAUAGCAGCGAUUCGAGCCGAAAAACCCACAGUAUAUCAGUAUCAAAAGUCCAGUACAAAUCAAACUGGUCAAGUUACACUCCAAGUCACUUGGACUCAACAUUGGUGUCUAACAUGCACAAACUGUUCAGCGAAAGAAUUGAUAUAUUUUCGCCCGUCGAUUUUUCGAAAGUUUCAAUUCUAACCGGCAUUAUCAAGAUCAGUCUGAAAACUUUCAUGGAAUGUGUGCGAUUGAAGACAUUUAGCAAAUACGGAUUGCAACAGAUUCAAGUUGAUACCCACUACUUGCAAUUGUAUUUAUGGAGAUUUGUUGCUGAUGAAAAUUUAGUUCACUUUUUGUUAGAUGAGAUUUUGGGAUCUGCUGUUCAUAGAUGUCUAGAACCAGUUUUAAUGGAACCCAGCGUUGUUGACAUUAUUUGUGAAAGAGGCUAGAAGCUGAGUUGAAUCCGUAUGCGAAAUAAUUUUCCAUUAUGUAUAUGUAUUCAUAAGAUAUAAAUGUCAGAAUUUUGUUGCAAUAUACAGGGUGGGCCUUUUGCUGGGCACUACCACCUUUUAAACUGU